AUGUCGUCCGAACCACCGGUACUCAUCCUCGACGGCGGCCUCGGCACCUCGCUCGAGCGCUCGUACGGCUGCACCUUCACGCCCGCCACGCCCCUCUGGUCCUCGCACCUGCUCGUCUCCGACCCGUCCCUCCUGCAGCGCUGCCAGGCCGAUUUCGCCAGCGGCGUCCCCGUCGACGUGCUCCUCACCGCGACGUAUCAAUUCUCCGUCGCCGGCUUUGCGGGCACCAAGACGGGGAACUGCCCAGAUGGUAUCCCUAGAUCCGAUAUCCCGCGCUUCGUCGAGGCCGCGGUCCGCACCGCUGAGCAGGCCAGGGGAGCUGACGGCCAUGCGCGAUUGGCGCUGAGCCUGGGCCCGUACGGAGCGUGCAUGAUUCCCAGUCAAGAGUACAGCGGGCGGUACGACACAGAGCAUGAUUCGGAAGACGCGCUGCGCGAGUGGCACGCCGACCGCAUGCAGCUUUUCGGCGGCAUCACGAACUUGGCAUCACGGAUCCAGUACGUCGCGCUGGAGACGAUCCCACGCGUGGACGAGAUCCGCGCCUUGCGCAAGGCCAUCAGCGCAGUGCCGGAUCUAGCAGGACGGCCAUUCUGGAUGAGCUGUCUCUUCCCGCAUGCCGACGCGGACACCCUCCCCGACGGGUCGUCGCCCGAGGAGGCCGUCCGCGCGAUGCUUGACCCCGGCGUCGCGUCCACCCGGCCGUGGGGCAUCGGCAUCAACUGCACAAAGGUGUGGAAGCUGGACGCCCUGCUGCGACGUUACGAAGCCGCCGUUGCGGGCUUGCUCCAGGAGGGUGUGAUCAAGGCGUGGCCGGCGCUGGUGCUUUACCCGGACGGCACAAACGGCGAGGUGUACAACACGUCGACGCAGAAGUGGGAAAUGCCGGAGGAUGUCAAGGGCGAGGACCGGGCAACGUGGGAAGAUCAACUGAAGGGCGUUGUGCUCGGGACACAGCAACGGGGCAAGUGGCAGCAGAUCAUCGUGGGCGGGUGCUGCAUGGCCGGAGCAGAAGACAUCAAACGCCUUCGCCGCGCGUUGGUAGGCAGGUGA